UGUACAAGGCUCAAUCUCGAGUGCGGCGGUUAUGCGACACCGAUCAAGUUCAGAGAUCAGACAGAUCUGCUGAAGCGGAAACAUGGCAGAAAACGCAAAGAAAAGGCACAAACGCCAGCUCCGACUGAGCCAUCGCCUUCGUCGAAUGCCCAAGACAGUGUAGAACCGACAUUGCAGUCGCAUCAAGUUAGCCAGCAUGUUGUGACACCGGGAGAUGAAACUUUCCAUUCGGCUGACGAAAGCCAUCAAACCUUUGACGAAUCACAAGAAUUAUCCCACUAUGAGGCGGCCGCGUCACUCGCCCUGAUAUCUGGAGGCAUUCACCAGGACUCACUGGUUCCUGCUGGUGGGCAUCAAACAGAAUCGCCCUCGUUCUACACGCCAUUUGACGACACGACUCUGCAAGCUGAUUCCACUCUCGGUGGACUAGAAGAAUCCAAUGCGGAUGAUGGGCUUAACACCUCUUAUCAGGGCGUAGCCACGCCGAGUUCCACGCCAGUUUACCCACGUAUUGACUCGCCUUUGCUGCGACGAAGACAGUCAGAACAGGCGAAUCGGCAAUUGACUUCAGUGCCAACGAUUCCAGUCGGCUUGUUGGAGAGCGCAAAGUUUGCCGAGGACAUGGUGUUUUAUCACCAUUUCACGGAUACCUCUCCGUACGGCACCCUCUCAAUCUUGUCACUGAAUGAUAUCCUACAGGCUGAGCACCUUGACAAGGCCUUCUUCCACGCUGCAUUGGCCUUGGCGGCGCUGGAUAUCUCUCAGGCAAGGCCGACGGAGGCGCUCGGUAGUAAGGCGGCACUGCAAGCCCUCGAUCACUUUGUCACUGCCCUCGGCACGGUGCGUAUGGCACAGCUCGACGAUGAAGGGGUCGCUACGGGCUGUCCGCCGAACCAAGAUAACGCCAUCUCAUGGCUGGCGACUCUUCUACUGCUAGCCAACUUUGAACUACAGAGAGGCCAGAUGAAAUUGUGGUACAUCCAUAGCCGGGCUGCGGUCACCUUCCUGUCCCAACACCUCAACCGCAUGCAGGAUUCGCCGGUGGGAGAGUCGCUCAUCCGAUCUUUCUCGAGGAUCGCCGCGCUUCUGGACAUCUUUGACAGGGCAUACUCUGUACGAUACAGCAUAGCGUCUCCAGACGUUUCAGACUCUUUAAGCAGAUCUCUAGUAAACUCGCCUCAUUCGGCAGACCGGCUGCUCUUCAUCCUACCGCGGGUCAUCAAGCUGGAAGAAGAGUGGAGGAGCAACCCCCAACACGACCUUCACUGGCGAGAGCAAGCAGAAAGCCUUAUCGAGGAGUUAAAAGCCUGGCGAAAGACCGUGCCUGACUGUGACGUGCCACCCUUACACGAGCACACCGCAAACCCUUACAAUGAAGAUGCAGAAGGACCUGGCAUCUCCAUCAGGCCCCUCAGCAUCCCGGACGCCCCAGAGCCCGUCAAGGCUGCAACAACCUUCAUGCACUACCUCGUGUCUCUCCUCCGCUUGGAAACGAGAUACCUGCCCGGCGCAGUACGCCAACUACCCCCCAAAGCAAAGAAAAUCGUCCUCCUCGUCUGCCGCCUGGCAGCAGGCGUACCCUACGCCUCCUGCGCGGCGGUCAACGCAUACUCCCACGGCAUGGUCGCGGCGAUGAUGAACUGCUAUCACAUGUCGGAGGAGCAGGAGGUCAAGGACUGGGUCAAGAAUUGGAUCGCUGGAUUCCCGCGGGAGAGGGAGGGCAUCUGGAACGUGCGACACGCGCACCGCGUGCUGAAUUACGUUGACCAAGAAUACACGCGUCGCGGCUCGCGCUACAACUGGGAGAUCAUCAAAGUUCGACUGAUAGACCUGGAGACAGAUGCCACGCCAAGCGAGGACGAGGAGACGGACCCUGACAAGUUUUCGGUCGAGAUUUAUUCGCGGUGUCCCAUCGCCGAGGAUUUUUGGCUGACUUUUCUGCGGAAUGACGGGCGCCGGCCGGCGGGCCUCCGAUCGUCAACCGGUCGGUCCAUCACUUGCAGCUCAUCCUGCUCUGCCAUCACAGCAAUUGAGCUUAAGCUCGAGCUGGAGGAUGAUGUCAAGACAGAAAGGCGCUUAUCCGGGAAAUAUCCAGAUUCAUCUCCGUUCCUACCAUUGAGUCAAGACAUCAAGAUGAGUCCCAGCGCUAUCAGCACAUCUUCGGCGACAUUGCCAAAAGCGAGUGAUCUGCCCGACAAUGGACACCCUUACGCAGAAUUGGACGUCACCAAGAUGCUCAAGACUCUUGUCCCCGAGGCAGACCAACUGCCCGUCCCAGAUGCCCACGAUCCAGUGAGAUUAGGCCAGAACUGUACAACGGCACACAUGGUACAAGUCCCAUGGGCUAUGCAAAGUGGCUGGGGAACACCCGUAAUGAGUCCCUACGGCAAGAUCGCCCUCGAGCCAACAGCAAGCGUCCUACACUACGCCACGGAGUCCUUCGAAGGAAUGAAAGCCUACCGAGGCCACGACAACAAACUCCGCCUCUUUCGCCCAGACCUCAACUGCGCCCGCCUUCUGAAGUCCAACGCCCGCGUAGGCCUCCCCUCCUUCAACCCCUCCGCCCUCCUCGCCAUCAUCACCACCUACCUCGGCACAGAAUGCCCUCGCUGGCUCCCAGACCCCGGCACAAACCUCUACGUCCGCCCCGCCAUGGUCGGGAGCGGCUCCGCGCUCGGUAUCAACCAGCCGCCCGAAGCCUUAUCCUUCCUCUUUGCCGCGCUCUUCCCGCAGUCUCUGGGAGGAGGAUCGACGAAUGCGCCGCACCCGGGCAUCAAGUUGCUCGCUAGCAGCCCCGAGCAUAUCCGCGCCUGGCCUGGCGGGUUCGGGUCCGCGAAGGUGGGCGCGAAUUACGGGCCUGCUAUGGUUUCGCAUGCGGCGGCUAAGGCGCAGGGGUGUACGCAGACGUUGUGGUUGUUUGGGGAGGAGAGGAUCGUUACUGUUGGUAUACACGUAGGCAGGUCAGACCUUUUGGUCGCGACUAGGUCAAUAGGUCAGUAUAGGUCUAUAUUGCGUGUGUGUAGGAGGGGAAGAUCGUGGGCAGAGCCCGCGGUCCCUUAG